AUGAAAGAAAGCGAUACCAUAGAGAAGAAACGCAGUUGCAGCUGUCACAAACAUAUUAACCAGCAAAUCAGCAACAACAUGGGCAACAGUAUCGAUCGCAAGGUAUCACCCACGCCCACUCCCAGCCCCAUCGAGACCAUCAAGCCGAAAGAGCAAGAACAAGUCGUGGAACAGCAGCCGGAGGCGCCAAAGCUUGAUACCAAUCUGCCUCUGCAACUGUUCUGCUAUCGCCAGCAGUUGCCGGCCAAGAACCAUCAUACGAUGAAGUGGGCCACAGCCAAGCUUCUGCUCACAGAGGAGCUGCUCAAGCUCCAGCAGACCCAUCGUCCCAGGGCUCCCCGCUGUCCCUGGGAAAACUAUGAGGCGACGAUGCUAACGGACGAGGAGGAUGCCGAUGGCAACCAGGAGAACAGAGCUCCCAACAAUGAUGACCUCUCCCGAGAGCUGACCACUUUAAAGAGCUAUCGCAUGGAAUUGCGGGAAACCAUCCUCAAGGUGGCCCACAAAAAGAAGACCAAGACCUCGCAGAAGAAACUGAAGCGUCUGAAUCGCCGCACCCUGAUCUCCUCGAAGAAGCCCAGCAACAAGGCGAAGGAGCCACAUAAGCCUCUAUAUAAUGAAUGGCUCCUGGGCGAAGACGAGCCGGAAAGCCCCCUACAAGCAGACUCACUGCAAGAUGGGAGUCCCGUGAUGGUGGACCUCCCUGCAGCAUCAGCAAGGGACUCCCUCGCAUCUGGGGGUCAUCCCCAUUGACUGAGAUCCCCUACCUGAUCGAACUGAAAAUAACCCCCCUAGAUUUAGUUCACUUAGCUAAUUUUGUCGUUACAUUAAUUCUAAUUGUACAUAUACUGUUUUUAUUUCCAUUAAAUUAAACCCAAUCUGCAAACGCCUCCUAUUUGGCCAACUGACUGGAUGGUCAAUGCUGCUCCCGAGUCCAGACUCGGGACUGGCCCAAAUCAAAGUUCAAUGCGCCCGCCUCCAGCAUCACUUUUUUGCUUGUUUUGUUCGCCUCCCUGUCCCUGGCUGCCCAUUUAAGCCAACCAACGUAUUGAAUAAUUAAGCUGCCUCGAUUGCGGCCGGCCCGUAAUUGAUUGCGACGACUUCCGCAUCCGUGUCCUGUCUCCUGUGGCUGCUCCUGUGUAUGCUCCCCAGUAUGUAAUUCGGGAUCCUGCUCUGCCUUGCCUUGGGGCUGGUU